CCAGGCCGAGGCCCAGGCCCAGGCGGGCGGGAGGCGGUUGAAGAUGGCGGACGAGGCGGCGCUCGCCCUGGAGCCCGGCGCGGGCGGCGGAGGUCCCGCGGAGCCCGGCGGGGAGCCGCUCAGCAAGCGGCCGCGCAGGGACGGCCCGGGCCCGGGCCCGGGGGCGGAGCGGAGCGGCGGGGCGGGGAGCCCGGGCGCGGAGGCGGCGGUCGCCCAGCUCGGGGAGGCCUCGGACGCGGCCGCCCCCGGCGGGGACAAUGGGCCGGGCCCGCGGGGCCCGCGGGGCCUGCCCCGGGAGCCACCGCCGCCGCCGCCGCCGGACGACGACGACGACGAGGACGACGACGAGGAGGAGGAGGAGGAAGAGGGGGGCGAGGACGAGGACGAGGCGGCGGCGGCGAUUGGCUACCGAGAAAAUCUCUUCAGUGAUGAAAUUCUUGCCAACGGCUUUCAUUCCUGUGAUAGUGACGAGUCUGACCGGGCCUCUCACGCGAGCUCCAGUGACUGGACUCCCAGGCCGCGAACAGGUCCUUACACUUUUGUGCAGCAGCAUCUCAUGAUCGGCACAAACCCUCGGACGAUCCUCAAGGAUCUGCUGCCAGAAACAAUCCCACCGCCUGAACUUGACGAUAUGACGCUGUGGCAGAUUGUUAUAAACAUCCUUUCAGAACCACCAAAAAGGAAAAAGAGAAAAGAUAUUAAUACAAUUGAGGAUGCUGUGAAGUUACUGCAGGAGUGCAAAAAGAUCAUCGUUCUCACUGGAGCAGGGGUAUCUGUUUCCUGUGGAAUACCUGACUUCAGAUCAAGAGAUGGCAUUUAUGCACGCCUGGCAGUAGAUUUCCCUGAUCUCCCUGAUCCUCAAGCAAUGUUUGAUAUCGAAUAUUUCAGAAAGGAUCCAAGACCGUUUUUCAAGUUUGCAAAGGAAAUCUAUCCUGGGCAGUUCCAGCCAUCUCUCUGCCAUAAAUUUAUAGCCUUGUCAGAUAAGGAAGGAAAGCUGCUUCGAAAUUAUACUCAGAACAUAGACACACUGGAACAAGUUGCGGGGAUUCAGAGGAUAAUUCAGUGUCAUGGUUCCUUUGCAACAGCUUCUUGCUUGAUUUGUAAAUACAAAGUGGAUUCUGAAGCUGUACGGGAUGAUAUUUUUAAUCAGGUGGUUCCUCGAUGUCCCCGGUGCCCAGCCGAUGAGCCGCUCGCCAUCAUGAAGCCAGAGAUUGUAUUCUUCGGGGAAAAUUUACCGGAGCAGUUUCAUAGAGCCAUGAAAUAUGACAAAGACGAAGUUGAUCUCCUCAUUGUUAUUGGGUCUUCACUGAAAGUAAGACCAGUAGCGCUGAUUCCGAGCUCUAUACCCCAUGAAGUGCCUCAGAUCCUGAUUAACAGGGAACCUCUGCCUCACCUGCACUUUGACGUCGAGCUUCUGGGGGACUGUGACGUCAUCAUUAAUGAGCUCUGCCAGCGGUUGGGGGGUGAAUACAGCCGGCUCUGCUCCAACCCGACAAGGCUUUCAGAGAUUACGGAAAAGCCUCCACGAACCCAGAGAGAGUUUGGCGCUCAUUGGGUGGCAAUGCCCCCCACGCCUCUUAAUGUUUCUGAAGACUCUAGUUCCCCUGGCAGAACUUCCCCACCAGACUCUUGGGCAGCUGAGAGGAGACCUGGGGAUUCCGAUGAUGGGGCCACAUCAAGGGGGGGCUGCAAGGCAGAGACACUGCCACCAGAAGGGCGAGCAUCUUCAGGACACCCUGCAAGUAUUAUGGAACAGCUGGAGGAUCCUGGAGCCAACAGUGGAGAAAACAGAGAGAAAAAUGAAAGAACUUCCGUGGUGGAAACACUGAGGAAAUGCUGGCCCAACAGGCUUGCAAAAGAGCAGAUCAGUAAGCGGCUUGAUGGUAACCAGUACCUCUUUUUACCACCAAAUCGCUAUAUUUUUCAUGGCGCUGAGGUGUACUCAGACUCUGAAGACGAUGCUCUGUCCUCCAGUUCUUGUGGCAGUAAUAGUGACAGUGGAACCUGCCACAGUCCAAGCCUAGAAGAACCUAUGGAGGAUGAGAGUGAGAUGGAGGAAUUCUAUAAUGGCUUGGAGGAGGAUGCUGAUGCCCCAGAGAGAGAAGGACCUGGAUGUGUGUGUGACAGAGAUGACCAGCGUGCGGUUAACGAAGCUGCAUCUGUCAAGGACGAGGCAGCUGAAGUUGACCAUUCAUCAGAAAGAUUAUAAUGUCACCUUUGCCUGGUUACAGGAACUUUUCCACCAGCAUUAGGAACUUUGGCAUGUCAGAAUGAAUGUUUACUUCUGAACUUAAGACAACUUCAAGGGUGUGGUGUUCAUAGACAGUUAAACCAGAUUUUCAUGUAUAAUUUUUACUUUUUCAGUAAUUCUCUAAUUGUACACUCAACACUAACUUUUUAAAAAGAAAGGUAAGGUACUAAGUAUCUUUAGUCAGCUAUUAGUCACUAUGUUCACUUUUUUCCAAGAUUCAUUUUGUGUGAUAAUGCAUCUGUAUGUAUAUAUAGUUUUGGGGGGAUACCUAGUGAAUUUCAGCAUUUUAAAGUUUUCCAAAAGCCAUUGGAUAUUAAAUUAAUAUAAAGGGAACAGCUAAUCUAGACCAAAGACUGGUAUUUUCACCUUUUUUUUCUUUGUAACAUUUUUUUUUCUUUGUAACAUUUUGAAUAGUUGUUUCACACCUUCAUGCUUCUGUUCUGCUAAAUUGUUUAUUCAACAAAGUAGCCCCCUACCCCUUUUAAAAAAAAAACAAAACACUGGCAUUUUCAAAGACUCUAGUGGCAGCUAACUUUAAUUUUUGGUCUCAAAAACAUGUCGUGUUUGUAGAUUGAAGUUGAUGAUACCUGGGAAAGCACUAAAAGUCUUUGCUUUCAUAAGACAUGGGGCUGAAGAGAUGAUCAAGAAUAUUGUGUUUAAACAAAGGCUUUUCGAAUUUCCUGUGGAUGGGUUAGCAAUGUCUGUACUGGCUCAUAAAGCUAACAUGGAAAAAACUUGGCUCCAAAUGCUUCAGUGCGAGGUGCCCAGCUGGAGCCCCUUGGUUUAGAAGAUACCUGACCAUUAUUGUGUAAAUACCUAUCACUGUGGUAUAGCUCGCCUUGGGCCUUUUCCGGAAACAUUCAACUGCCAAGAUGUGAAUAUGCACAGCUUUUCUGAAUCUGUAAUAAUGGUACUUCUAACAGGGGAGAGUAUUCUCUCAUUUAUAUAGAUAUAUAUAUAGAUAGAUAUAUAUAGAUAUGUACACAUAUACACAAAUAUAUAAUUUUUUUUUGGACUGCUGUUUUCCCUUCCCAAAUACCACAGGAAAGUGAUAGGAAGCUGAUUAUAAUUCCAAAGUAAUGCAGCAUUCAGUAUGGUCUGCCAGAAAGUUACGUCUCUGGGAGCUCAUGCACAUCUCCUAUUUUGGAGGAUUAAUGCCAAUUUCCGGUCUAGUAUUGGACAGAGCUUGCCAUAGCACAGAGGGUCAGCACAGUCAGUGAAUGGAACAAGUUCCUGUAAUGUAGCUUCGUUUAAAUGUCAUGUAGCCCUGCCUUAAAACUACAUCUCAGUUCCUCAGCUACAGAUUUUCCAGCUUUCUGAAGUUCCUAUUUUAUAAAAUUGCACAAUAAAUAAAGCAUUUAUUUUCCAAACCACUUUUUCAACAUGACCCAAAAACUACAGAGUAUUCAUACUUUGCUUUAAUAUUUAUUACAAUGUUUAGUGAAGGUUUUGAAAUUGUAGCUGUUCUUUAAGCAUAAGACACCAAUUAGGACCAUAACUGCCAGAGAAACCGAAAAUUGUGUUUAAAAAUGGACAUUUGUUCAUCUCAAAGAUGUUGGCAUGUUGUCUUGAAGUCUAAAUUCUAAAAGAUCUCAGACCUCAUUUGGUUCCAUUAAAGAAUGCAGUAUGUUUCGUUUUCAUUUGCAUGAUACAAUGUGUUUGUGCUAUAGAUGAUAUUUUAAAUGGAAAGAUUUCUGUUUUAAAUUAUUUUUACAGUGAGGAUUGUUUUCAGCUCUUUUUAUAUUGUAUAUAUAGUGUCUUUUAUGUAAUCUACUGGCAUAUGUUUUGUAGACUGUUUGAAAUGACUGGCUCCCUGCAACUUUUGAAAUACAAAACCAGUGUUUUAUACUUGUACACCCUGUUAAAAGUCUAUUAAAAAUUGUCAUUUGACUUUUUCCUUUCUGUUAAAUACUUGCAUUUUUCCAAGUAUACAAAUUGUUGAAAUUGAGGGAUUUUCCCACCUCUCCUUUGAGUAAAUAGGGUAUUUUAAAGAGCAGACACCUUGGUAUUCCAAAUUACUGCAAGUCAUGGAAGGUUAGAACAUGGAAUGUUAGAACUUUUAAUGGGUGAACUUAGCCCAGGGAUUAAGUGGAUGUCUGAGUGGAAGAAGCAGGACUAGAACCCAGGUCUCUGAGUUUCCCAGCGCCCGGGCUGCCACCUGACUACUACUUGUGUACCUUUUUCUCCUGGAUGUCUGCCUUGAAGUGCCAGUCUACACACAUGAGUGUUAACGCCAGCAUCCCAUUUAUUCUAGUGACACCUUCAGCCUAAUGAUGAAUGAAGCUGGUUCAUGCUUUUAGUAACUUAGAGUUUGACACACUGGAAAAGUUCUUUUGCAAGAGAAUACCGUAGCUGCCGUUCAAUGUAAGAAACCAACUAAACAGUAUAUGGUGUGUGGAGUACAAUUCCAAGAUGUGCAGUACCUGGUGGUGAGGGGACUCCCGACACCUGCCAGUGCAUAUCUUUUUUCAAAUACCUCUCAAGAAUAUGCCUGCAUUCUUAGGAUCUCUCUACUAGAGACUGCUCUGUAGCUGCUUCCCUUUCCUGGUCAUACACACGUUUUGUGGAUGUGUUAAAAAGCUGCUUUGUUCUUGGUAACUAACUCACUGCAACCUGCUCAUGCCCACCAUGCAGCUUUUCUUUUCAUUCUCCUUAGUGUCUAAGAUGGCACCACUGGGAAAAUACUGUUUUGAAAAGAGAGAGGCUUUUGCAGUAGAAAACGAUUUGGAGUUACUACAGUUUUCCAAACCCAGUCCAAUUUGAUCUAUGCCCAGCUCACUACAUUAAUUUGUGUUCACUGUUAGGGACGGACGAGACUGGUUCAUUCACCUUGGCACUAUUUUGUUAAAAGAAUUUGGUAAGGAGCUCUUAUGAUAUUACAGGGCGUUAUAACUUACCUGAAAUGUUAGCUAUACUUUGUGGAUGCACUUCAUGUUGAAUUUAUGCUGACAACAUUUAUAUUAAUCAUAUUCCUUAAAAGUCUGCUAUUAGACAAACAUAGUAUGUAAUUAAUAAAUAAGCAUUUCUUUUAAAAUAAUUAGCUUCUACGUUAGGUCUUACCCCACUAGUAUGGGAUACACACACACACAAAAUCCCAAGGCAUAGUUAAGUGUUCCCUUACUUUUAAACUUCUGAGAGGAUGACUGGAAAGGGAUCAACAAAACAGAAAAUGCUAAUUUAAUCAACUCAAAGACAUUAAGGUGUUACAAGCAUUUAUAGAACAAGGUGGCAGAAACAGAGCAGGAAGCUGCUUCAAGGCCUCCCCAGAUGGUUUUUUAGAUCCAAAUCCCACGAGCCCCAAGAAGCCUUGGCCUAGAGAACCUGACGGGAGAAGAGGAAACUGGGCAGUAACCAACUCUUUCCCUCUCCAGGCUCAGAGCCAGCCUUCCAGAAGAAUAAACCAAAGAGUGUCAUUUUGAGGUUCUUCCUACAGAUGGCUUCUUUUGGCUUCACACACUCCUAGGAUAGUUGCGGGGGACCAGAAGGAGUAGCAAUCACUGACACUUUUAACGGUUUCCUUUGCUAUUUAUUACUUAAGCAAAUGCUUUCCAAUAGAGCUCAGCCUAUCUACAUUAUAUUCUGAGCUAGACCCAGAAUUGGAAGGGCUAUGGGCAACUAGAGGACAGAAGGGCACUAAAUGCGGAAGGGGAAACAAGAAAGGUAGGUUGGGAGGUGAAACAAAAGGUAUGGCUAAGGGAGCAUGAAAAGGUAGGGCCCAGGAUUGUGCAUCUGUGUAGACUGUCUUAGGGUUGGGAUGGCCAUCCAUCUACCUACCUAGCUAUGGGCACAAUACCUGGAAUCGGGGCAACAAAUCAGAGAAAUCUGGGCUAAACUCUAGUAUUACUUGUAUAUGACAUAUUGAGGGUCAGAGGAGGUGGCAACUGGGCAGAGGGGCUUUUGUGAGGCAAUAAAGUGAAAUAUGCUUUUAAUUCAGGACUUGAAGACUGUCUUCCUUCUAUUCACUUGUAUUCAAUUAUGUUGAAGUGUUGGAAAUAACAAAGUAUCUCAAGCCUAUAUAAGAAGUUGGCUGUAAACUGGAAAAAAGACAGUUGAGUGUGGGUCCUUAACAUGUGCUAGUGAGAGGAGGAUUGUUUUCUUGUCCUUGGUGUAAAUCUAUUGCUAAUAAACUACUGCACUUCUGAUAU